AUGUCUACACUACCUUCAAGGACGAGGUCAAUUCGCAAACCAUCAGAGAGAAUCACCAAUCUUAGCAGACCCGAUAAACCAUCUGUGACUGUAGCUUCUGAAAAUACAGCUUCUCCUAGUCGUUUACCUACUAUUCAACCUCGAAGAACAACUAUAUCAACUGGAUCAAGCACGUCAACAUCUGCACGACCUCCAAGCAUAAGCUCAGUUGGGACCAGCAAUGCUUCCAUGCGACCUCCACCCCGGACAAACUCAAGCAAAUCUUCUACGAGUGGACUUUCUCGAUCGACCUCAGUUCGAAAUACAUCUGCCGCAUUAUCUGAACCGGUGAAGGAUCGUUCAAGACCACCUAUAACUUCUACAAAUCGACACAUUCGUACCUCAUCGAUCAAUUCUAUCACUGCACGACCAGGUCAUCUACGCACCACAUCGUCAUCGACAAUUUUAAACAAUACCCCCGCCGUCCUUCGCCCACCAAGUCAAUCAUCGCAAAGAUCACAACCGCAAGAUGUAACAGUGAAAACACGACCACAAUCUCUAUACGCAGAUCCGUCAGUCCGCAAACCUGCAUUCUCUACUCUUCAACAACACUUUUCCCCUGCAAAGAACAUUGGAUCCAAACCUCAUCCUGCGGCAUUUCUCGUUGCCCCGACUCCCAGCAAACUGCCUUCCAACAUCGCAAUAACUGCGGAGACAGCAAAGCUCCAAAACGAGUUAUUACAGCUGCAUAUACUGCAUAGGGAUGCAGAUUUGGUCAACACACAAUGGAAAGUCAGUGCAAAGAAAAAGCUUGGAACAAAAUUCCAAUCGAUAGUGAGAAGACAUGAUGAGUUAGUUCAUCUGGAGGUGGAGGAGGCUGGAAGAAUCAAUGCUGCGGCUUUAAAAGAGUGGCAAGAUGUAGUGACCCCGGGAUGGGGCUUGGAAGAAAGGAUACAAUUUCUUGAUGAGAUAGUUAAUGAAACUUGGAAUUUGGGUGAGCCAGGAGGAAAAUAUCUGAGGUUGGUGAGGAAAUUCGAAAAGUGGGUGAUCAGAUGUGAGGAGAUAUUAAGGGAUAGAGAGGAUGACGAAAUGUUAGAUGAGGAAGAGGAGAUUGUGUUUAUUGAAGAAUUGGACAUGGCGUGGAAAGAUGAAUGCUCGGUUCUGAACAGGAAGCUCGAAGGAUGGGGGGAUGCCUUAGGAAACCUUGGGAGGUUAGAACAUGAGUCUACAAUGGCGAGUGUGGUGGGUGGGGUUAGGGACUUAGUGGGUGGCAUGCUUCUAGAGUUGGAGGCCAUGGCGCAAAUCGAAUCAGAUGCGGUGGCAUUGGAACAAGGAUGGAUUCAAAGUGUAAAUGGGAGUUUAGAGGAUGAAGAUGAUACCACUGUUGCAGGCGCUGUAUGGAGAUUUAUGUAA